AUGCUACAACGAAGUAAAUCAACACAAACGUCUUCUAGCAGUCAAUCUACUUCUUCAACUUCUUCAAUAGAACGUAAAAGUCAAGUGAAUAAGCUUGUAAGAAGAAAAACCAGUCUUUCACCUUCACGGCAUUCUUUGCCAUCAUUAUCAAGAGGAAACUCAUAUCUAAGCGAAACAGACUACCAAAGUGGAAUAAAAUGGACAAGAGAACAUUGGAAAAAACUAUACGAAUAUUAUAUGCGUAAGAAUAGAGAUAUUGAAGAGGCAGCAAAAUCUUUCUAUUACUGUGAAGCAGUAGUUCAUGUUAUUUCAACAGACUCUACACCUUCAAUAAAAGAGCUGUGGCCAAGAGAGAAAAUAUUAUGGUACUGCAGGUGCCUGGAUACCAGAUGGAGAUACCAAAGGACAUUAUCUUAUGUUUCGAAGCAGAAAAAAUCAGUGUCAGAUAGAAACCAAAAUAACCGUGCUUAA